CAAUAUUCCACAUGGUUCUUGAGGCCUACAGGGAUGGCCUGCUUUUCCUACACCUCCACUCCCUUUUACAGCUGACACUGCCUUUCCGAGCAUCCAGCAAGUGUCUUCGUAGGCCAAAAUGAGACUGUGGUAUAGCUCAUUGGCUUUCCUCUUAUUGCCUGAAACACCUGGGGCCUUUCAUACUCUGGAGAUGAAAUAUUAAAUUGUCUUUAAGGAUCUAAUUCCCAUGCCUUGAUAGUCUUUGGGAACCUUAAAGGGAAGGCAGUAGUUUACGGUGGUGCUGCCCAUGUCUCUUGGUGAAAUUAUGUAUUGGAAUGUAAAAGUGAAGAUAAGUGUCUAUUUUUCCCUUUCCAGAAAGGAUUUGGUGCUAUGUUGCUGUGGACACUGAUAUAGACUUUUGGCUUUUCCUACAGGCCCUCUUAAUGCUGCUCAUCCCAGGCUCAAAUCAAGAAGACCCAUGUCCUAACUGGACAUGCUUCACAGUCGUCUUGCCAGGAGAACAAUUCAAAAGAGGGCAGACUGCUUGAAUUUCAGGCGUUGUCAUACCUCUGCUAGUCUCCUUCUCAGCUGGAGCUUGGAAAAAGGAGACUUCAGGUUGCAGAGAGAGGGUGACAAGCAGUUUGACUGCCAGACCAUGGCUGAAAAUGUUCGUCCUCAGAGAUGUGAACGGAGGACAGUGAAUUCCAAAGACAUACAUUUCAGGGAUUUUGAGGACACUCGUGGCCACUUGCAUGGUGAAAAAGCAUCAGCAAAAGUGAAAAAAUGGGUGUAAAAACAUUUACUCAUAAUUCCCCUGCUCACAGCCAGGAGAUGCUUGGAAAACUUAACAUGCUUCGCAACGAUGGACAUUUCUGCGACAUCACCAUUCGCGUACAGGACAAAAUCUUCAGGGCACACAAGGUGGUCUUGGCAGCCUGCAGCGACUUCUUCCGCUCCAAACUAGUUGGCCAAGCAGAAGAUGACGGCAAGAGUGUAUUAGACUUGCAUCAUGUGACAGUGACUGGCUUCAUACCCCUUCUGGAGUAUGCUUACACAGCCACACUGUCUAUCAACACAGAAAAUAUUAUUGAUGUGUUGGCUGCAGCCAGCUACAUGCAAAUGUUCAGUGUUGCUAGUACAUGCUCAGAAUUCAUGAAGUCGAGUAUUUUAUGGAAUACACCCAACAGCCAGCAAGACAAGGUGCUAGAUGCAGGACAAGAAAACAGUGCAAACUGCAACUUUACUUCUCGAGAUGGCAGCCUUUCUCCGGUUUCCUCCGAAUGCAGUGUGGUGGAAAGAGCCAUUCCUGUUUGUCGAGAGUCCCGAAGAAAGCGCAAAAGCUACAUUGUCAUGUCUCCUGAAAGUCCACUUAAGUGUAACACACAAACGAACUCCCCCCAAGUGCUCAAUCCUUCAGCUUCCUACGCAGAGUCCAGAAAUCAGCCAGUAGACUCUUCCUUAGCUUUUCCUUGGACUUUUCCUUUUGGAAUUGAUCGAAGGCUUCAGUCUGAGAAGGUGAAACAGGUAGAGAAUUCUAGAACUUUAGAACUCCCUGGGCCAUCUGAGGCAGCCAGAAGAAUUACUGAUUAUGUGACAUGUGAGAGCACAAAAGCCAGUUCACCUCUUGUGAUUGAAGAAGAUGUGCGUGUCAAAGUGGAAAGGUUAAGUGAUGAGGAGGUUCAUGAGGAAGUAUCACAGCCUGUGAGUGCAUCCCAGAGUUCUCUGAGUGAUCAGCAGACAGUCCCAGGAAGUGAGCAAGUUCAGGAAGAUCUCCUGAUCAGCCCACAGUCUUCCUCUAUAGAGCCCCCCCGGACCGGAGGCCGGGAUCCAGGCAGUGUGAGUGCCACUGAAAAUCAGCUCGCAUGUCGCCUUCGGAACGUGUGCCAUAGGUUGCCUACCCUUGUUUUAGAAGGUUUGCACUGCAUCAAAGGUUCAAUAGAUGAAGGGGUUACUGAGGGAUUACCCACUCUCCAAAGUACCUCUGGCACUAAUGCUCAUGCAGAUGAUGAUGAUCGGUUGGAGAGUGUUCAGUAUCCCUACCAACUCUACAUUGCCCCUUCUACCAGUAGCACAGAGAGACCCAGCCCAAAUGGCCCGGAUAGACCUUUUCAGUGUCCAACCUGUGGGGUCCGAUUCACCCGCAUUCAGAACUUAAAACAGCACAUGCUCAUCCACUCAGGCAUUAAACCAUUUCAGUGUGACCGUUGUGGGAAAAAGUUCACCCGAGCUUACUCGCUCAAGAUGCAUCGCCUGAAGCACGAAGGUAAACGCUGUUUCCGGUGCCAGAUAUGUAGUGCCACUUUCACUUCCUUCGGGGAAUAUAAACACCACAUGCGGGUUUCCCGGCAUAUUAUCCGCAAGCCUCGGAUUUACGAGUGCAAAACAUGUGGCGCCAUGUUCACCAACUCUGGAAAUUUAAUCGUUCACCUGAGGAGUCUGAACCAUGAAGCGUCAGAGCUAGCAAACUACUUCCAGAGCAGUGAUUUCCUAGUCCCGGACUACUUAAACCAGGAGCAGGAAGAGACCCUCGGGCAAUAUGAGCUAGGAGAGCAUGGGUUUGAAAGCAACUCCUCUGUCCACAUGCCUGUCAUUUCGCAGGUCUCGUCGACUCAGAAUUGCGAAAGCACUUUCCCCUUGGGGUCUUUGGGUGGGUUGGCAGAGAAAGAGGAAGACAUGCCGGAGCAGCCAAAGACUAAUGCCAGUGCCGAGGCAACCAGUGAUGACCCCCCGAAAUCAGAGCUGUCCUCUAUUACUAUUGAAUAAUUCAUGGUUUGGUUUCAUUUUUGUUCUUUGGAAAGUGCCUGUGUUUGGUCCUGUACAUUUUAAUUUAAUUUUUUUUAAACAAAAGGAGGGAGAUUUCCCUUUUUACUUUGUAAGCUACACUUUAAACAGAAAACUGCAACAGAUGUUACAUUAUUUUUCAUGACUGAAUGAUCAGUUCUGUGAAAAUGUUUAAGACUGAAUGCACAAUAAGUCAGAGCAUCAUAAAAGCUGUGAUGCACUUCUAAAGAAGAAGCAAUCGACUGAAAUCACUUCAGCUUCCUUCUUCCACAAUUAAAACAGCUCAUUACAUUUCUAAUGCUUCUGCAGACCCUCUGGUAAAGGGAGAGAAUCAGAAGACACUUUUAAAAUGACCAGUACAAGCAUGUAUGCUCGCAAGUUAAUUAAUGAGCAGAGUUUUGACUAACUUUGAGUAGAUGCGUUAAUCCUCUGCUUAAAAUAUGGCAUGUCCUAUCUUUGUCCUUACUGUUUUUCAAACUGCUUACUAGAACCCUUUUCUUGGAAAUUGUAAGCAUUUCUGAAAUUUAACAGUACCGCCCUUUUAAAAAAUGUCUCUUUACAAAAAAAUCUCUGAAACAGUUCUGACAAACUGAGUGAUGAUGGCAUGCCAGGUCCUCCCACUUCUGAUAUUCCACUCCGUUUAGAAACUGCUCAUUCAAAUAACCAAUCCUGAUUUGCUUAUAUGGGGCGAGACAUACAGUCAAGGAGAGUAUAAAUCCAUGCAAGCCUGACAAAUCUGUCAUCACUGUAUCUUUCUGAAAAGGAAACCAACUUUAAAAAAAGAAAAAGUGACCCAGACUAAAAUUCUUAAACCUUGGCCAGACUGCUUGCAGUCCUAGUAACUUUCCCCUAUCACACAUAUCACUAAUAUCCAAAAGCUGGCUAGAGAGAGUUUACAGAGGAAAAAACAAGUUCUUUUGUGCAUUAUUGCACACUUUUGUGCUUAUACAUAUGCAUGUAUGCUUUCUGGGGUUUUUAUUAGUCUGUUUUGGACAAAACAACCAAUUUAUUCUUUUUAGAGGCCAAGUUUCUAACCCAACGGGGUUGUUUAUAAAAACUCUAUAUAACAAUGUUAUGUUAUUCCUGUUCCAAAACAUUUUAAACCUUUGCCAAGUUAGUUUAUUAAAGGCUGUUACUCCAGCUACGUACACAGCUCAAACAAGCAAUAAAGUGAAAGAUUUGCCAUUUCAUUUUUUCCAGAUUUAGAAAAGGUUGUAAAUUUUGAGUAUGGGAUUUUCAGAGCAGUGAUUCUCAUUUUGUUGCAGGCAGUUUGGGCUAUAGUAAAGCUUAGAAACUUAAAUUAGGGAUUGUAUAAAUUCUUUGGCUGCUGAUGAAAUUAACUCUGUUUGAUACACAAACAGCUGUGCUCCACAAUCCCAGCAUGCUGAGAGUUUAAGUAUUACCUUACCUUAGUAUUCCAAGGGCAUGUGUCAGACUCUCUUGGUUUUAGAUCUACUUGGUAAACUCAUGUCCCUCUGUCUCACACACAUUAGAUUGAAAGAGAAAUAUAGAGAAAUGUUUUUUAAAAAGGGAGGGAGAGAUGGUGCAGAGCUCAAAUAGCAAGAUUGAUUAGUGUGCAAUGACUUCAGCAGUUCUAAUGCAUCUGUAGAACUAUGAAAUAUCUGCUGGUAGCAAAUCAGUGUCAAGCUUGUUGCACAUUGGUAAUAUUUUAAAAGGCUUCAGCGAUAACAUACUUACACAUUUCUAGUGUUUCUUUAAACAAGUUUUCCCUACCCUGUGUUUAUGUAAAAAAAAACAAACAUUAAUAAGAUUCCCAGUUUUUUCCAAAUUACUGAAGCUAAGUUUUUUUUUCCCCGUCUGAUCUGCAGAAAAUGUCUCAGCUACAAUUCAUCUUAUAUGUCUAUCUUGGCCUUUUGUAAAGGGCUUGGAGCAGAAAUUUUUUUUUUUUCUUUUUCAAAAUACUGUACGAUGAAAUAGGCCAGUAUCCAUUGAAGGGACUGGAUCAGAUGACCAGUCCUCUUCCACUUCUGAUUUCUAUAAUUGAGAAUCCAGUGAGACAGGACAGUGCCUGUUCAGGAUAAAAGAAGGAUCUGGUACUAAACUCUAAUUCUUGAUCCUCUUUCUCUAUUACAAAAGCAUAAGUCUUCCUUGUACAUGACAAUUUUUAGUCAGUCAUAAGUUAAAAAGCACUUAGGUAGACACACAAACUCAGACUUUACAACUGGCCCAGUGUGUAUAAUGCACAAUGAAUUAACACAUCACACAUGGAUGGACUUAUUCCUUCUGCCAAAAAAAGAUGGUUUUCACCCAGGACAAGAUCUGUCAUAACACAUAACUUACUGAUCAUGAGAUGUGCAAAUGCAGAAUACAUACACCUAGAAUAACUGGUUUUUAGAUGACUUAAAAUUUUGUCGGAAGGUUAAGUGCUGUCUGAAAUGCUGUGGAGAACACAUUAAAACUUGGUAGCUACAAGGACUGUAUUGUAGCUCUAAUCUGUUCUUUGGUUGGUAUUUGUAAUUGUUUCCUGUGAAUAUAUGUAUCCCUUCUCCAUAGAGAGGAGUCCAAAUGAAAUGUAAAUCUUGUUUCAUUUCUCUUUUCCCUGUCUUUCUGGAAGUGCUCAGUUCUUGGGAGUAUAUAAUGUCCCUCACAGGAGAGAUUUAAAAUGUUCUAACAUUUUACAUCAAGCUCUAUUGCUGGAUUUCCAGGUUCUAAACUGAGAUAAAUGUCUAAGUAAACUGAAAGCAGCAUGCCUUAGACUACACUGGGGAUUAAACCUGAAACAUAGCUUCUUUAAAAGAUGUUAUCAGAGGAGUUUGAUUCCUGGACUGCUUUUUCUAAAAAUAGAUACAAGGAAUUAAGUUAUAUUUUGGUUAAAAAGUAUGUUGUUUAGAAUUUCUUUCAAAUAGAGGAGGUUCAGUUUACUGAGGCAGUAGUACCUCUUGCAGCAACUGUUGAAUUGACGAGUAUUCUCCAGAUGUAUUCACAAAGUGGUUUGAGUGCAUUUUCCUUUUGCAUAACGUUCUGGUGUACAGAGGACGAUCAGUACAUUAAGUGGAAAAUCCUUCCUUCCCCCACCCACUUAUGCGAGAAGUGGGCCCUGUCUACCACAGAACAUGGAUGGUUCUAUUUGGCAGGGAACAGGAUUCAGGGACAUGGAUCUGCAUUCCCUACAUAUUGUGUGGGACAGAGCCUCAAAGUGGAGGGGAGAGGGUCACCUCUGGCUCCCCCCCGCCCCCACAGAGAGGGGAAGGAGGAGAAGCAGUUGCUUCAGCUAUGUGCUGGCCAAUUUGGCCAAGUAAUAGUUUCCUUUUGAUGCAUGCGCACACAGUCCCAUUAAUGUCAGUGGUAGGGAUACAUUCACAUUGAAGAGCUUAACCUUUUCCCCCAGUACUAAUUGGAAUGUCAGUUUUCUGCAACACAGUUUUAUUCUCACAGGUUAAAAUUUUUGUGUCCCUGCUGGUUUGUCUUUCUCACUACAAUUUGAGUUCAGUUGUCAGGCUAGUAAGUACUGUGGUCAAGUCUCUCAUACUGAGAGUUUAGUUGACUAGAUCUUUGAAAAUGAUUCUGGUUUUCACGAGGCUGAAAGGUGUGAACUUAAACUUUUAAAAAAAGUAAUAGCUGCCAAUGCAGUAAAAUAUAUUUUAUGAAACUAUGGUCCCUAGGUCCCUUAUGGGAUAAAAUUAUAUUGUUUUUAAGAUAUGGCUUUAAGUUUUUAUAUGUGGGCUUCAGUCACUUCUUGGUUGCUGGUUUUCCCCUCCAGUCCAAAGAUUGUAGGGCAUGAGAAUUUUGCCAUCCUCUUUUCAGGGCAUACCCUGUAGCAUUUUAUAUGCAAUUUGGAGGGGUAGAGGCUUUGUGCACGCUGCCUGGAUUGGCUGGCAUAGGUAAUAUGCAGAUGUAGGGAGCACCUUCUGUUCCUACUUCAUUGUGGGCAGAAAAAAGUACUGGUCUCACCAUCAAAUAUGGAGUCAGACUAUGCCUCAACCACAUCAGAGGUCACCAGCAGAACACGGUGCAAAUUAUUCAGAGGGAAUAAACCAUAAAACGUGAACUUUUUUAAAAAAUACAACAAUCAUUGGUAAAGCUCUGGGUUUUUGUUAACUCAGUGCAUGCUAUGACAGUCAUUCAGUAUCCUACAGGGCUCACCUACAGAUCUGGUUGCACUAAAAAAAAAAAAAAAAAAAAAAGUUUCUGGGGCUGCCCUUCUGUGUGGAAACCACAGUCUUCCUGAGGGUUGAUAAAGUCCCCAGAGGAGAUUUCGACUGACCAUUUUGUUUAGCUGAUGCAUGCUUUUGAUAUUCUGACUAUAGCCCUGCCUACAAGAAAGUCCUCAAUGGCUUCCUUGCCCUGCUGUUUCAGUGCCUUGACUCUCUGGGCACUGGCCUUUGAUGGAACCCUUGAAGGGUGGGGGAGGGGAGAGCAGGAGGAAAAAUGUGAAUUAAAUUAUCAUUGGGCUUCUUUGUGUGUUUUAGUAACAGUGCAACCCUUUUAACUGUGCCAGUCUCCAGUCACCAGCCGUAUAUCCAGUCGUCAUCUCAUACACAGUACAGCUUCUCUUGUUGACGCUGGUCACAGCUAGUUUACUUGGCAUGUUUAUUGACUUAACAGAAAUGUUUUUUGGUUUUGUUUUUAAUGUAUACGAUGUUUAAAUACACUUCACAUUUUAUAUAAUACUAUCUGGCUAUUAGUAUUUUUCAGGAACCAUAGUUCUUGGUGGCUAUAUAUAUUUUUGUGACUUUUUUGUAAACUAAGUGCCGUUUCAACGUUACAAUCAUUUUUAGAGUUCUUGUAAUCAAUGUGAAUAUCAUGUUUUUUCAAAUCUGUUCUGAGCCUGUAGUGUAUGCUUUGUGAUCAUAUGUGUAAUGUAUAUAUUCUGUAUAGUUACAUUGUACUGAAAUACUAGCUUGUUUGAUAUAAGAAAAGUAUGUAUUGGGUACUUUUUUGCUAGCCUGAUUGUUUAAUCUUUAAAAAAAAUGUUUUAAAAUACAAAAAAAAAAAAAAAUCUCCAAACUGGUCCCCUUAUAGGUCAAAAUUAAGGGGGGGGAGGAGGAAAACCUAGUUUUGAGUGUCUUUGGAUAGAAACAUGAAGCUAAGAUUUUUCAUUAAAAUAUUAAUGUUUUAUGGAGUA